AUGGAUGAGUGGCAGGAUCUCGGAGAUGGCGAGCGCCGAAAGCGCAUUCGCGAGGCGCUGCGCCCUCCGGCGUCAAGCAUCAUUGGUGACCUCCGCCGUGAGCUUCCCCACGCAGAUUCGUAUGAGUACCUCAAGGCCUUAGAUUUGGCCUAUGGGGACACGAACACUGAUGAUGAGCUGUUCGUCAAAUUCCAUAAUACCACGCAGCUCGAGGGCGAGCGACCCUCCGAAUAUCUUUCUCGCUUGCAGGAGAUACUGAGACAGGUAGUGAGGCGUGGAGUAGUAAAACCUACAGACUCCAAUCAGUUAUUAUCCUCUGUAAGGAAGCAGGAGGAAGAAGACUCCAUGAAGGCCAGCCUCACCCGGCCGAGGCAAAGAGUAGACGCAGGUAAGCGUGCCGCCGCACAUAACCGUGUGGAGGCCCCAGUUCAACCAGUCCAAAUUUCUCGUACUUCUAUCCCCUCUGAAUCCACCCCAAUCCAGCAGACUCCUCACAGGCCGCCUCCUCCCAGGCCACAUGGCAACACAUCUGAGGUCAUUUGCUUCAAGUGUGGGGAGGUAGGGCAUAUAAGUAGAAUAUGCAACAGCCCAGCUGCCCCUGAAGCCAUCAACAAGAAACUGAUCCAAUUUAUCCUAGGCAAGCAGGGAAACGCCAAAGGACGCCUGGUAAGGGGAGACCAGGAGUCCACUUAA